ACAUCAGCGGCACUAGCCUCUUCCAGAAGUUUCCUUGCACGGGUCGCAGCUCGGCGGCAACUCGCGGACCCUCCUGUGCGCAUACGGUGUUUUAUGUCGGGUGGCCAAGUGGCGUGUUUUCUCCUCGUCUCGGUGGAGAGUAUAAAGUUGCUGCGGACUGUGACAAGUGGGGGAAGCUAACCUUGACAGUUAGCUAGCUCGGCUAUUGACCGCAGCCGUGGGACGUUAGCUGCGGCGGCGGCGGCGCCCGUUAACCCGGCCCACACACUGGACAUGCCGGACGUGUAGUUGGCACUGAAGACAAACUGAACCGUCCUCGCUGACCAUGAUUCUAUGAAGUGGAAGAAGAGCUGACCGGUCAUUGUAAUGGGUAAAGAUUACUACAAAGUGCUGGGAAUCGCCAAAGGUGCCUCAGAAGAUGAGAUAAAAAAGGCGUACAGAAAACAGGCCCUGCGCUAUCACCCCGACAAGAACAAGUCUCCCGGAGCAGAAGAUAAAUUCAAGGAGAUCGCCGAAGCCUACGAUGUCCUCAGCGAUUCCAAGAAAAGGGACAUUUAUGACCGCUUCGGGGAAGAAGGACUAAAGGGCUCGGCUGGUGGUGGAGGCGGCGGGCACAGCGGUCCAAGCUACAACUACACCUUCCACGGAGACCCUCAUGCGAUGUUCGCGGAGUUCUUCGGUGGCCGCAGCCCUUUCGAUCAUUUCUUCUCCCAGAAUGGGGAGGAUGAUAUGGACAUCGACCCCUUUGGACCAUUUGGCAUGGGAAGAAUGGGCGGCAUGGGUGGGUUUCACCGCUCCUUCAAAUCCCACCCAGGAGGCCCUCACAGAGCGCACGAGAAAAAGAAGGACCCGCCCGUCGUGCACGAGCUGAAGGUGAGCCUCGAGGAGGUCUUCUCAGGCUGCACCAAAAAGAUGAAGAUUUCCCGCAAGAGACUGAACCCGGACGGCUGCACCAUGCGUAAUGAAGACAAGAUUUUAACAGUCGACAUCAAGCGGGGCUGGAAGGAGGGGACCAAGAUCACCUUUCCUAAGGAGGGGGACGAAACCCCCACCAACAUUCCUGCAGAUGUGGUGUUUGUAGUUAAAGAUAAACCCCACCCGGUGUUCAGAAGAGAGGGCUCAGAUAUAAUUUAUCCCGCAAAAAUAUCACUCAGAGACGCGUUGUGUGGAUGCACGGUCAACGCCCCGACGCUGGACGGCCGGACCAUCACUGUGUCCUCCAGAGACGUUGUCAAACCUGGAAUGAAAAAGCGAAUCGCUGGAGAAGGGCUUCCUCUAUCCAAGUGCCCUGAGAAGAGGGGUGACAUGAUCUUGGACUUCACAGUCAAAUUUCCCGACAAACUGGGCCAAAGCACUCGAGACGCACUCAAGCAGGUCCUUCCACCAUGACGUGAAAUGCUGAAGGUUUGCCCAAAGACAUCUAACAAGCUUCCAGUGACGCUGUCCUGUGCAUUUCAACCUGGACGAUUGAGGCUCAGGGCAGAUUUGGUUCCAGCUUCUUAUCUUGUCAGUUUCAUGAGUGUCUUAAGACUUGGAAACUAAACAGCUGACUUUACGUUUAGUUUGUGCAUUCAGCUGAGGUUGAGUAACAGUGUUAAGUAACGGCGUGCCACAAGGUCAGAUUCAAGGAGGAAAAGUAAAUAUGAAAAGAUAGAAAGUAUAUAUUGUUUGUAUAUAGGUAAUCCUGAAAGGUGUCAAGUGAUGAUGUAGGUCAUGGUUUGGCUGCGAGAAGGAGAAACCGAAGUGUUAAAGUUAGUCAAAUUGCACCACUUGAAAAUAUAACGUAGUAAGUCAGAGUUUGGUUACAGAGCAGCAGGUUUAAGGUAGCACGCAGCCAGCGAAUUAAUACCUCAGGUGCAGUGACGCAUGCUUGAACAUAGCUACAACUACACUACUCAGCAGGACAUCAUUUUGGCAUUAGGCUUAAAUACAGUGUGAAUCCUGAGAGUGUUAAUAAGGAUGCACUGAUCUGAUCCACUGGUUUCAGCUCCAGUACUGACUUUAUGACGCGGCUCAACCAGAUGUGACCAAUCAGCAUUAAACACACCUUCUUUGUCAAUGUCAGUUCAGUGUUGCUGCACUCAUAAUCAGUUUUUAGGGCCGAAAUCUCGUAACCUAGAACAGUAUAAUAAAAAUAUGCGCAAAUGAUGAAAAUAAUGUAUUAAUAAAUAACAGAUGCUUAAACAUAAUGAUGAUGUAUGAAUGUCUCCAGUUCUAAUUAAGAAAAGAUAUGAAGUCACAGCUGUGUAACCGUAUUUAAGAAGUUUCCAGUGAGUUCCACGCAGCGAGGUAGCAUUACACGGAUUUAAUAUUCAGUAAAGCGAGAGCAGUGACCAGCACAGUUCAGUACUGGUCGAGUUUAUAUUUGAGUUUAGGUAUCAGGAGAUAAAUAAAUCAGAUUGGUGUGUCCCUGCCACAUAAUGUUUACUUUUACAAUGUCUUGUUAAUGUGGGAGUACACAGCUUAUUACUUGUGUAAAAUACUCGUGGGAAGACUUCUCGUGCCAAACAAUUGUCCCUCUGUAAUUAUAAUAUGUGUGUCUGCUGCUGACAGCAUGUGUGUAUCCUGUCAUGUGUGACUGGCAAACUACCAAAAUCUUUCGUAUCUUUUGAGUUUGCACAGCGUUCAGUGUGUAUGAUGCUUCAGUUCCUCCUCAUCUGACAUUGCUCCGUCUGUUUUGACUUUAAAAGUGGAGGCAGUGAGUUUCUUUCUUUCUUUUUACCCAGCGUGGUAUAAACCUGGUGCAUCUGUCUGGCACCAGGCUAAAUAUUGCAGAGCUUGAGAUAAGUUUAUGCUCCCUGACUUAAAGGCCUGCACAACAUGUUUUUGUUUUAUUUUUCUGUCUUAUUUCAUGCCCUCUCUUAUAGUUCAUACCUGGCAGCACUGACUCCAAGAUGUACAGUAUCUGGAAAUAUGUCGUUUCACACUUCAGUGGGAAACCACUGAACUCUGUGCCAUAUUCAGCUCUGUGCACCUUUGAUGCAGUGAUGAGAAAAGGUCGUGAAUCAGUUGGUUUAGUUUCACAUUUUCUGGUGUUGAUGUGACUUAAUCCUGCUCCUGCUGGAGUUUUACGUUUCUAAUUGACACAAACAUGUGGUUUAACAUGAACGUAGAGAUGUGUAAUCUCUGUAACGUCUAUCUUUUUUUGUUUAAAAAUAAGUUAUUUUUUUCUUGCAGACAUUUUCCUUUUUCAGGGAAAAGGGUGUAAGCAUCGUUUUGGUUUUGCUCCCGUUUAUGUUUUGAAAUUCCUCAGGUUUGGAUUCAAGAUAUUUUGAUUUUUAACUACAAAGCUUUUAUGAAUUGAUAAUGUGAAGUACAUUUUUUAAAUAGACAUUUCCUAUGCUGUGAUGAUUUCCAUUUCCACAUUGAAGAGACUGGCAAACAAAACUGGCAAAUAUCUAAUCAAUUAUGACCUACGAGUUUGACUUAUUGAGGACAUUUAUCAAUUAAAGAAUUG